AUAAAAAUCUCUUGUAGUCAGCGUCGUUCAUAUUCCCACUCCCAGAACUCUCUCUCUCUCAAAACUCUGACUUCUUGAAAUUUUUGAAAACCCCAAUUCCUCAAAUCCCAUUUCUUAAAAACACAAGCGAAAGCCCUAAUCAUGGAUUCUCUUCCUUCUGGUUACCGCCCCAACGUUGGCGUUUGUCUCAUCAACUCUGACUAUCAGGUUUUUGUGGCUUCUAAAUUGAAUGUUCCAGGAGCAUGGCAGAUGCCUCAGGGAGGGAUUGAAGAUGGGGAAGACCCAAAGUUGGCAGCUAUUAGGGAACUGAGAAAGGAAACUGGAAUAGUGUCUGCUGAGAUGGUUGCCGAGGUACCCAAAUGGUUGACUUACGACUUUCCUCCAGCUGUGAAGACCAAAGUCAAUCGUCUCUGGGGUGGGCAAUGGCAUGGGCAGGCACAAAAAUGGUUUCUUAUGAGAUUGACAAAAGACGACAGUGAGAUUAACUUGGACAACGAUGAAGCCGACGUUGAAUUUGCAGAGUGGAAAUGGGCAAACCCCGAAGAAGUUGUUGAACAGGCUGUGGAUUACAAGAGACCAACUUAUGAGGAGGUAAUGAAGACUUUUGCACCCUACCUUAAUGGAAACAAAAUAUCAACCAAAUGUAAAUCAUCCAAAUGGUGAAUCGUGAAAAAUAAUGGCGUUCUUACCUCAAUUUUUAUCAAGGAAAGAAAGGGAAAAAAGAAAAAAAGUGAUGGAUUUGUAAAUGGGGGAACAGCUAGAAAAACUGCUUACUUGUCUGAUUUUGUUGGAAUAAUUGAAAUUUUGUCAAA